AUGGACUGGAGAGCUUUGAACCUGCCCACCUCCCUCGAAGACGUCAAGGUCGAGAAGCUACCGUCAUCAUCCUACUACAUCGCGGACUUUAUAUCAGAGGAAGAGGAACAAUUCCUACUGCAAAAGAUAGCCGAUGCUCCGAAACCCCGCUGGAAGCAACUGACUCAUCGACGUCUCCAGACGUGGCCAUCCGAUCUCGUCAACAACAAGCUAAUUGAGGCUCCUUUGCCACAGUGGUUGCAAGAACCCGUGGUUUCGCGAAUUCUUUCCUUGCCUCUCGUCGCCGGUCCUGAUUCGUCCAAUCUCUUCGCCGACAGCCCUCACAAGCGGCCGAACCACGUGCUGAUUAACGAAUAUCCUCCGGGAGACGGGCCUGCCUAUCAUCCAGUCGUGUGCACUGUCAGCCUGGGAGCAAGUCUAUGUCUGAACCUCUACCAGAGCAAGGAGGACGGCGGGUUGGAUCCAGAGCCCGUGGGACGCAUUCUCCAAGAACCCAGAAGCCUCCUUAUUACGACCGACGACCUCUACACCGAUUACUUGCAUGGCAUUGCCGAUAUCAAGGAGGACGUCGAGAUUUCUGCCGAAAGUGUUAUGAACUGGGACCUCUUGCGGUCGAAAACCGAUUUCGCAGCCGGUCGAAACGUGCGCGCAACCAGAACAAGCCUCACAUACCGCGACGUGAUGCAGGUAUCGAAGCUUGGGGCCAGAUUUGGAUUAUUUGGCAAGAAGUGA